AUGCGAUCGUUCUACCUGUUUGCGCUCGCCGUGAGUUGUGUGCUCCUCGUCCUCGUCGAUCACGCAUCAGGCCUCGAAGGGUUGGAGGUCCGGGCAUCUGGCACUGAUGGAGCUGAGGACACGAACGGUUUGGGGCCCUUGACAGCUGCCCACGACUUGGAAAACCGUGGAGAAAGAGCGCUCUAUUUGAUGGAAAAUGCGAUUGCAAUGCUGAAGAACGCAUCCAAGUGGCUCAAGGACAAGCUCAAUGCAUUUUCUACUUUAUUCUCCAGGUUACGCAAGCCCAAGAAUGAAGGCGUGACACACGUCGCUGGCGCUAAGCCCAAGAAUGAAGGCAUGACACACGUCGCUGGCGCUAAGCUUAAGAAUGAAGGGGUGACACACGUCGCUGGCGCUAAGCUUAAGAAUAAAGGCGUGACACACGUCGCUGGCGCCAUCGCCCACAAGCAACAAAAUAGUGUCGAUCCGAUUGCUCCCCGUUUCCAAAAAUUUCCACGAGAUAGACCUCCUGCUGUCGUAUUAGAACCGGUGGACGAACUGCAUGGCAAAGAUUUUCAGCAUGCGAUGAAAUCGCUUCGGAAGAUAUUAUCGAGCAACGAUCCGGCCGUUGUAUGGUAUAAAAAUUUACUUGUGGAGAGUGGAAACAAUUGUGGACUCGUGGCGCGACAUAUCUAUUACAUGAGAACGCAAGACAGAACGUCAGCAAAAUUGCUUGCACUCGAAUUGGCACAGUUCGCCUCCUGGAUCGUCGGGGGACUUAAACACAAACAUGUUGUAAAACUCGUGACGGAGGCUUGCGACAAGUACGAGGAUCACAUCGCAAAAGUUGUUGCAGACCGCUAUGUAUCGAUGAGUAGCAUCGCAAUGGAUAGACAUCGCAGCAAGCUUAAAUUGUAA